AAAGGGGCAGCCCUUGCAGGAGCAGCUCCACGGGCUGGAAAGAGGGGAAAUGGCUGGUGAGCGGCUGGGAUGAGAUAUUUCCUAGUUCUGGACGUGACCUUCACCACCACAAUGAAUCAGGAAAAACCUGGCAAAUCCUCCUAGCUCCCCGGCUGUGCAAUUUGCUGCUCCCUCGCUGUUCCCCAGACAGCAGCUUUUCUCAGCAAAGCACAGAAGCCAGCAAGUCACAAAUGACAGCUGAAAAGUGAAGCAUUACCAAAAGCUGCGUGAGACUCUGUCAAAGAGAACCUUUAUAUAUAAAUUCUCCUUCUGAGCCCGGGAAGCUUUGCAUCCCAUCAGUUCCAAAGGAAGGAGAGAAGAGAUGUUCAUGUAACCAGCGCCCAGAAAUUGCACAAAUCCACACGCAUUUCCAGAGCACCUACAMGCAGCGAUCUGCGGCGCUUAGAACCCUCUGUUCAGGAUGGAUGAUGGGUACAGGAACACAAACCAGGUCUCAGAUGAUUACAGGUACCAGGAUGGCAAUUACGACGCUCCCAACGAUGGUUACUACCGGGGCGGGGGCGAGCCCGCGCAGGACGAGGACGCGCAGAGUGACGUGACAGAAGGCCACGAUGAGGAUGAUGAGGUCUAUGAGGGGGAGUACCAAGGGAUCCCACACCCMGAUGACCUCAAAGAGAAGCAGAAGAAACGAGCCCCUGCUGCAGCUGAUGAGUACAGAGACCGUGCUGACCUCAUGGCCGAGAGGAUGGAGGACGAGGAGCAGCUCGCCCACCAGUACGAGAACAUCAUCGAGGAGUGCGGCCACGGACGCUUCCAGUGGACUCUCUUCUUUGUUUUAGGGUUGGCACUGAUGGCAGAUGGGGUGGAGGUGUUUGUGGUUGGAUUUGUUCUCCCCAGUGCUGAGAAGGAUAUGUGCUUGUCCAGUUCCAACAAAGGGAUGUUGGGCUUGAUAGUCUACUUGGGAAUGAUGGUGGGGGCUGUCCUGCUGGGCGGCCUGGCUGACAAACUGGGAAGAAAGCAAUGCCUCAUCAUAUCACUCGCAAUCAACGCUGCCUUCGCGUUCCUCUCCUCCUUCGUCCAGGGAUACGGAUUCUUCCUCUUCUGCCGCCUUAUCUCAGGCCUCGGUAUCGGGGGCACCCUCCCCAUCGUGUUUGCCUAUUUCUCUGAAUUCCUGUCUCGUGAGAAGAGAGGGGAACACCUGAGCUGGCUUUGCAUGUUCUGGAUGAUUGGUGGCAUUUAUGCUUCAGCAAUGGCUUGGAGCAUCAUCCCACAUUACGGCUGGGGGUUCAGUAUGGGAACCAAGUACCACUUCCACAGCUGGAGGGUCUUUGUGCUCGUGUGCUCUCUGCCCUGUAUCGCCUCCCUGGUGGCGCUGAAAUUCAUGCCUGAAAGCCCACGGUUUUUGCUGGAGAUUGGWAAACACGACGAAGCCUGGAUGAUCCUGAAGCAAGUCCAYGACACCAACAUGMGRGCCAAGGGCGAGCCAGAGAGGGUGUUCACGGUUUCCUAUAUCAAAACUCCCAAGCAAGUAGAUGAAUUUAUUGAAAUCCAGAGCUCAACAGGGACCUGGUACCAGCGGUGGCUGGUCAGAAUCACGACUGUUUUAAAACAGGUCUGGGACAACGUGCUAUAUUGUUUAACAGCCCAGUACAGGAUGAACACACUGAUGCUGGCUGUGGUUUGGUUUACAAUGGCCUUAAGUUACUAUGGCCUUAUUGUCUGGUUCCCUGACAUGAUCCGCUAUUUCCAAGACGAAGCGUAUGACUCCCGAGUGAAGAUCUUUGACGAGGAAGAAGUGUCCCAUUUCACCUUUAAUUUCACCCUGGAAAACCAGAUCCAUAGAAAUGGGGAAUACAGGAAUGACAAAUUCAUUGGCAUGAAAUUCAAGGAAGUGAGAUUUGAGGAUUCAUUAUUUGAGGACUGCUACUUUGAAGAUGUGAGAUCCACUGAGACCUUCUUUGAAAACUGCACCAUCAUCUCCACUGUCUUUUAUAACACAGAUCUCUACGAACACAAAUUCAUCAACUGCAGGCUCAUCAACAGCACGUUCAUGAAGGAGAAGGAAGGCUGCCACAUCGACUUUGAGGAGGACAACGAUUUCCUGAUCUACCUGGUCAGCUUCCUGGGCAGCCUGUCCGUGCUGCCAGGCAACAUCAUCUCUGCAUUGCUCAUGGACAAAAUYGGGAGGAUAAAGAUGAUCGGAGGCUCCAUGCUCAUCUCAGCCGUGUGCUGCUUCUUCCUGUUCUUCGGCAACAGCGAGUCGGCGAUGAUCGGCUGGCAGUGCCUCUUCUGCGGGGCCAGCAUCGCCGCCUGGAACGCCCUGGAUGUCAUCACCGUGGAGCUCUACCCCACGGACAAAAGGGCAACAGCCUUUGGCAUCCUCAAYGGGCUCUGCAAGUUUGGAGCCAUCCUGGGGAACUCCAUCUUCUCCUCGUUCGUGGGGAUAACCAAGGUGGUUCCCAUCCUGCUGGCCUCCUCCGCUCUGGUGGGAGGUGGGCUGCUGGCUCUGCGCCUGCCAGAGACUCGAGAACAGGUCCUGAUGUGAGCAGCAGAGCCCAGGGGGCUCGGGGAGGGGGCAGGUGGAGAAGAAGAACAAAAAAAGAGCCACGUUUGGAAAACCCAAAACGUCCAUUCUGCGCUGUUCUGUCGGUACCUCACAGCGAGACGGCGGAGGGAGAGAAGAGCACGAAGGGAUUUGAACAAAACCAUCGUUUCUGACGUUUUCACCGCCACCACCGGUGCAUGCAGCCCCCACACAGCCCUUGCAGAGCCCUCCUGUCCCUGUCCACCCCACUGCAAGGACACCAGAGGCAAAAGCAGCUCUGUGACAAUGGGGGUGACACCAGGGGACAGACCCUUCCCCUCCUGCCCCUGCUGAGCUGUGACACCACUCCUCGGGCACCCACAGAUGCUCAGACACAYCCGGGGGAGGCAGGGAACAAACCCACCCCAGGAGUUGCAGAUGUGGCCCCAGUUGUGCUGAUUUUGGGAUUACCACUCCCAGAGUCCUGAUUUCUGGGGGAUGUGAGGGUGGGUGCUCAGCUCUCUCAGAAGACUCGGGGCUUCAAAGCCCUUUACUUGGGCACAGGGAAUCACUAGGCACCUUCUUGGUCUUGAAGAGAAAUAGCUAAAUAAUUAURUAUAUGUGUAUUUACACCUACUUGCAAACGUGCAUACACCCUUUGGAGUGAUCUGCAGUUAAAAUUUAGGAUUUUUAAUUUCUGCACCCUUUAAGAGUGGCACUAAAAACAAAUCCCAGUAAUUCAAGAUUAUCAGGAGUCAUGACCAGCUUAGUGAYGCUUCAUUCUUAACAUCCAGAUACCAAAUAUUUAAAUGUAUUAGUGGCUGGGAAAAUAUAUUUCUGUAAUGAUUAGGAGGGUCUUUUUCCUACAGCUUUCACAGAGGAGAAAUYGAUAUGAUAUUGGAGCAUUCCACAAACCAAAUGUGUACAUAUUAUCCAGUGUAAAUAGGGGAUUUUUGCCUAAUACCUAGAAUACAGUAACUGUGAAUUUACCAGCAUUUUAGCCAUAUUAUUUGAAGAAUAUGAUGCUUGAUUUUCUAAUAUACUUGGGUCUCAUUGAAGCACUGUAAGCACAGUUACUUAAAGCCAUUUAACUUGUUACACAGGGAAUGCACACAGCAAGCUUUCACUGUACAGAACAUUAAAUUUUCCAUUAAGUGGCACAGUUUAGUUUGAUAUCCUGUGGAGAACAUUUCUGAAAUUCGUGUGCCCUUUUUAUCACACGAGUUAAGUCCUGUGGCACCUAGAGGUAAAGUGAGUUGUSCAUUUUGGGCUGUGUUUUCUUGGGAAAUAAGAAUGAAAAUAAGAAUGAAAAUAAUCCUGUUCAAUAAUAACACACCAAUGCUCACAAUGGGUGAGAUAACACUAAUUAUAUCCUUUCAACAAGCUCAGCAAUAGACCAGAAUUGAUCUGAAACCACCACACAGCGCAGGGAAUUUGUCAAACCAGGAUAUUUUGUGACAURAAAAUUUCCUUUGUACUUUUGCUGAUGAUUUUCUCAUUUACCUUUUGUUGAAUCUUCUUUGGUUAGCUUGUUUUUUUUUCUUUUUUUGGUGUUUUGUUGCUUUUUUUUUAAAGAAAACCAAGCAAGGUUAGGCUGAAAUCCUGCAGGACACACAAUGGGGUUAGAUCACAAACAGCAAAUCCUUGCCAAGGAGGAAAAAGCCUCUAAUGAGCAUCACUUUCACCAUUGUGUCAAUCAGGGAUAAACACKUAUGGAUCAGCUAGGCUACAACGGGCUUUUUGGGAUUUUUGACCUUUAUUCUGAGAGUUAUGAAAUUGAUAAAAUCACAAGYUGCUGUAAUAACUGAGCUCAUUAUGCCUCAUUUCAUCAUUUUAUGGGUAGCUUAGGGCUUUUUAAAAUUCAUUUUAUUUAUUUGUCUUCCAAACAGCAAGGUUCCUUCUCUAAGGUAGGAGUGAAUGUAAUUAUAUYCUUUGGCAGCAGUUCUUAGCUUCUAUUUAGAAUCACAGCCCAGAAUGUGGGUUUUUUCCUCUAAGAAUAUCUGGUCCUUUUGCAUGAUGAGAAACAUUUUWAAUAUGUAUUUUAACACAAAAGAUCACCAUGGCCUUUAGGUUUCAUGCAUUUUGUUGGGCUGUGCUUGCAAAUUACCACAUUGCACCUGGGCAGGGGGACAAAAUUUUGUUUCAUUUUCUGGGCUAUUCACUUCUGCUGYUCUGAGGAGCCAGAACCUAUUUAUUUCAAUAUUUGUUUUGCAUAGCAUUCUUAUUUACUUAUCACCCAAUGCUCACAGCAAAACUGACUAUUUGUGCUCUCCRCUGACAUUUUGCAGUGACAUUAAUGACAUCACUUGCUUUGCAAAACUUCCCUGUUAAUUUUCAGAGAAGGAAGAAACUGAAGUCUCCAGAACAUAGAAAUGGCAAGGUAAUAUUAGGAAAUAUUAUCCAGUCUUAGAAACCUUCCUUCCUUCCAGAACAUCUCUUUCACAGGCUGCUAACCCUCAACUCACAGAAUAGCUGGGACAAGGUAAAGAGCAAUAGGAUCUUGUUGUCAGUGAGAGAUGGAAAUGGAAAUGGAAAUGGAAAUGGAAAUGGAAAUGGAAAUGGAAAUGGAAAUGGAAAUGGAAAUGGAAAUGGAAAUGGAAACGGAAAUGGAAAUGCUUUGCACCCCUAAAAUCCAUGCGUCAGUCCGUUGAGGGCUAAGGGAUGUUGCAGAUUUUGGGAUAAGGCUCCUACCCCUGGCUUGACCAGGGAAUUUGUGACCUGAGAGAACAAACAACACCAGAGCUGGUCCAUGAGAGCCUGGGAUAAAGGACAACACUGAGAGAGAAGGAAGAAAGGAAAAGCAGAGGAGAACUCGCAUCACCCAGCUGAGACACCCAGGACUGGACUGAAGGGAUUGCCAUCAUUCUCAGGUGAAAGGCAAAGGCAGUGCACGACUCUGCUUAGCUGGAGAUGACUUGCCCUGGAUGCUCUGCCUCUACAGGAGCAGAGGGACCCAGGGCAGCAGCUGCAGCUCAGGCAUUGCCUUUGUGCCCCUGGACUGGCAUUUCCCACCCUGCUCUGUGCCACCAGGCUCAGCCACCAUCCCCGAUGUGUUUGAGCUGUCCUUGCCAGGGUGUAAAUCAGUGUAGGUGUCACUCUGCUGCUCUCAGAGCACAGCUGGGGUUGCAGACCCUCUGAAUUUGGGCUCAGUUUCAAGCCUUGGCCRCCUGCUAUGCUGAGCCUUGAGCCCCAAGCAGGGGAAGAUUUUUCCUCAUGCCCUUCUGAUGGCUCAGCCURAUUUCUGCUGCACAAUCAGCAUUGCCCCCGCUGUGCAAGGGCCAGCACUUCUCCAUCAUCUCCCCUGCCCACGCCUGCCACAGUGAACAUCCUCUCUCUUGGAUUCACUGCACCAUCCACGGAGAAAUCUGCUGACCACGGGCCUCUGAUGAUCUCUGCACAGUGAUAUUUCCACGGAUUCGUGAGCUUUACUGCAACAGGGAUGCAGAGCACCAAGACAGGGGGCUUGCCUUAAAUCCCAAAGAUCUCUUCAAGAGGACAGCUGGAUCUCCUCAAGCAUGCAUGGCACUUACCAGGGGCAGUGUGGAGUGGGGAAGGUGAGUUUGGGGAGCCCAGAGUGGCCAGCUGGGACUUUGUGUCUUCAGCUCUACAGGAGACCAUUGCUGAAUUUCUGAGCAUGCAGACACAGACAGAGASCUUUACAGGAGCACCAAGCACUGUUAAUAUUAUUAAAGAGCARUGGUAUUACAAUAAGACUUCUGCUUCCUUGUAUUCCCUGUUGAUUUAACAGGUUGUUGUAUUGUGAUUUAUUUUCUCCAGUUGUGCAGGACAGCUCCUGCUCCUGCCUUUGGCUCCGCUGUGCCCUGUGCUGGUGGCUGCAGCUUGUGCUGGGUGGGGUGAUCCUCUCCUUGCCCAUGUGAACAUCACUCUUUGAAAUUCCUUGAAAUGCUGUGGGACUUACAGAUGGUGGUGAAUGGAUCUUUUGGACCRUGAAGAGGGUCAGUCUUGGCAAACCCACACCCAAUGCCAGAUGUUCUGCACACURGGGAGUGCUCAGCCAUCCUGAUGUCCUUCAGUGAUGCUGGAGAGGCACUGAGGGAUGUUCCCUGAGUCUGGGCGUGGUCCAGCCCCAAGACUGGGCUAACACAAGGGCACAGAGCAGGACUGCAUGGAGCUGAGCUUUCUGCAGAUGUCCAGGUCCCUUCCAGAUCCUGCUUUGAGACCUCCAACAGCAGAAUAUACUCUGAUGCUCUGAAGGAGGCCCGAGGUCCAUUUAUAGUCCCUGCUUUUGUCCUUUGACUUCCCAAAGGACACAAAAAACCUGAGAGGAUAUUUUUAGGUUUAUGUAGAUUGGAGCCCUAUUAAUUUUAUUUUUCAUUAAGUUUCUCCCUCAGUUUCUCACUGUUGUAUUAGCAAAUGCUGCUUUUAGGAAGAAUCRAGCCUGGGAACUGUGAAGGAAACAAAAUGAAAUAAAUUUCUUUGCUGUAUGUGAUGCUAGUGCUGUAUAAAUGUACACACACUGCAAGUCCCACUGUAAAUAACACCCAGUGUCGUGCUUUAAUGGAAAGUUUCAUUUAGAAGUUCUGUCAACUCUGUGUGUGAAAUAGCCAAUUCCAGUCCCUUGGUUCCUUUUCUUCAUUUAAAACCUCCUUUUAUUUUUUUUUUUUUAUUUGAUCUGUGUCUGGUCGUCACUGGAAAUUGCAGCUGUUCCAAUGGACUUUAUUUUUGUUCUCUCUGUCACAUUAAACGGCUGGAAGAA